UAUUUUGUAAAAUGUUUAAUGUUAUUGUUUUUUUUUCAAACUAGGCACAAUUUAAAUAAUAAUACAAAAAAUACGAACACUUAUAAACUUGUAAAAAUGUAACUGUGAAAUUUAAUCUAUUGUUUCUAGUUUUACUAGUUACUUAUGAUGUGUGUUGUUCCUAGUUUUGUAUUUUAUUUUAACAUUAAGUUCCAUUAAUCAGAAUAUACAAUGGGAUGGACAUAUUCUAGCUGAACUAGCUUUAGUUACCUAAACAAAAAUGUAUAAUUCGACCCAAAGAUUGAUUUUUGGGUUAUUGUUACUAUUAUUAGCAGAUAUUAUUUGGAUAAUGUCAUCACAGUUCAAAAACUAUGUUCCUUACCAAAGCAAUGAUUAUAAAAAACCAUUUUUCCUUGCUUAUACAAAAGCAUCAAUGUUUACUAUUUACUUUUUAAUAUAUGUAAUAUUUAAAGAAUUGCGUAAACCUUGUGGAAAUCAAACCAAUUACAUGUUUGUUAACUUUGAUACAACAGAAGAUGACGAUGAGGAUAACGAUAAUGUUUUUUCUGAUGAAAAUGAUCGAUUGAGUUCAUCCAGCUAUGUUCCUAUUAAAAAUCCUAGUAUGACAUCGGGUACAGAAAGCGAUGAUUCUGGUAACAUAAAAUCAAGCAACAAAAUUGUGCGAUUUAAUAAAGUUGCAGAGGUGCGACAUUUAUCUGAAACUGAAGCAAAAGAAGCAUUAAUGUCUAGAUUGUCAUACGCUGCUACUUUGAGAGCGAGAGAAGUAUGUCGACUGUCAAAACAACUUUUAAACCUACAUCAAACAGCCAAACUUGCUUUCACUGUUGCACCACUUUGGGGCUUUGCUAAUUUAUUACAUCAGUUAUCAAUUGUUUACAUGGAGAAUAAUCUAGUAACUGUUGUGAUGUCUACAACAAGCUUUUUUACUCUUAUUCUGUCUUUAUUCUUUAUUACACCUUCAGCAGAUCGCUUUACAGUUGCUAAAUUAUUAACUGUAUUAUUCAGUAUUACAGGAAACGUAAUCCUUAUAAUACCAGAUUUUCACAAUAGCUUCAAUAAAAUGUAUAUUGGAUUUUUUUUUUCUCUAUGCAGUGCUUUGUUUUAUGCGCUAAAUAUUGUUACUCUAAGAUCAUGGGUAGAUCAUGAAGAUAAAUUAGACAUCACCUUAUACUUUGGUCUUGUGGGCCUUUUUAAUGUGUUAAUGUUUUGGCCAUUGUUUAUUGUUUUUCAUUAUUUUGAACUAGAAGCUUUUGAGUGGCCAAAUAAACAACAAGCAAUUAAUUUAUUAAUCAACGGAGUUGUAAAAGCUACAUUACCUGAAAUCAUAUGGCUAUGGGGUUGUUUGUUAACAUCUUCAAUUAUAGCAACAAUGUCAAUCGGAUUAACUAUUCCAAUGUCAUUAGUUUUUCAAGGAAUUUCUAGCCAUAACAAGUCUGAUCAUGAAAGAUUAUUGUUUCCAUCAUUUUAUUUAGGUUUAGUUCCUAUUAUAAUGUCAUAUUUUGCCCUAAUUUGGUUAACACAUCAAUAUAGUUAUAAUCAAAAUGAUUAUAGCUGCUUAAAUCGUUUUCAAAGAAGAAAUUCUAUACGAUUUAGAGAUAAUGAUACAGAACAAGCAGAAUCACUUAUACAAAUUCAUGAAACUGACAAAGAAGUGUGAUAUUGUUUAUUUCAGUUAAUUCUUUGAAAGUAUGAAUAUUGAUAUCAUAAGAUCAUUUGAACUGGGAUCAAUCAGUAUAGCCUAUGACUGUUAAUUUUCCUGUUAAACUGUCUAGACUACAAAAAAUCAAUAUUUUUUCAAUUAAUUGCUGAUUUAAGUCUUAAGAUUAUCAUUUUUUUUUUUGUAAUCUCAGAUGGUUGCUUAUGAUCUUAUUGUACUCCUUAUCAUAAAUUAAACAUAUUAUAGAUAUGACAA